ACAGAAGUGAAUGGAAUGCUAUCUUAAGCCAAAAAUCUGUUACAACCUUUAUUAAAUACGACUUAAAGGAAGAAAGAUUUAAAAAAACACAAAAUUCCACUGAUAAUUAACCCAUUCGGACCUUGGUAAAUAUGUCCCUCAAUCCAAGUCAACCUUCCUCAUCAGAGUUGGUGGAACUUCAUGUUUUUUAUGUCCCUGAAGGAUCGUGGAACUAUAAAUUAAAUACCAUUUCAAUAGGAGUUGUUAAUGCAUUCAUUUCAGCUGGAUUUAUAAGAGUAUCUCCUCACCUUACUUUACAAGCCCUGAGGGAGCGUCUCGGUGAGUUCCUUGGUGAAGAUGCUGUUGCAGAAAAAUUUUUAUUUCUGAAAUGCAUUGGAAAUAAUCUAGCUGUGGUGAAGGCAAAACAAGAAUCAGAACUGAAACUCAAAUCAUUUGCACCUCCAUAUGCUCUUCAACCAGAAUUAUAUUUGCUUCCUAUAAUGGAUCAUUUAGGAAAUACUUAUUCAGCAUCAUCAACUGUUUCUUUAGAUGGGCUACAGACUAAUAAUGGUGUUGCUGAGGCUGCAGAAAUAAUCCACAGACCAGUUAGUGUAACUUUGUCAAAGGAAGAACCUGGAACAGAUCCCAGUUUUUCAGAAAACGCUUUGAAAGAGCUUCUUAACAAGAAUCAGGAAGAAGCUGGGGGAAAAGCCACUCCAAAAGAAAGCCAGACUGGAAAAAAUCAAAUUGGAAAUUCUGAAUUGCCAGGAUCAUUGGAAGAUUCAAACAAUGGUUAUUUUAGCAACAAAAAAAGUCAGGUUCUCUGGAAAAAUGAAGAUGAUAGAGUUAAUACCAUUAGAAGAGAGGACAAGCAGAUAGGUAAAAAAGAAUGUGUCACCCUACCAGAUCUUAUUGAUUUUCCUUCACUUCCUUGUCAACUUGCUCUUUCUCCAGGAAUAGCUAUCUCUUUAUUACAGAUUGAGAGAAAAAAGAUUAUCGAACAAAUGAAACAAGUAAAGGAAGAAAGAAGAUGUCUGGAAAGAGUUAGAGAAGAACUAAUAAAAAAAGUUGAAAAGCUAUUUGAACAGAGCAAAUUGAAGCAGUAUCAUGCCUGUGAUGGUUGGAAGAAAAAGUACUUUGAGUCAAAGAAAGUUACAGCAUCGUUGGAGGAGGUUUUAACAAAACUUAGAGAAGAUUUGGAACUGUACUAUAAAAAAUUGCUCAUGCAACUUGAAGCCAGGGAGAUCAAAAUGAGACCAAAGAAUCUGGCAAACAUCACAGACUCUAAGAAUUACCUUAUAAUCCAGAUCACUGAGGUACAGCAUGCAAUUGACCAACUUAAGAGAAAAUUGGAUACUGACAAAAUGAAACUCAUAAUAGAUGUUAAGAUGAGAAAACAAGCAGUUUCAGAUUUACGCACAUUGAAAGCUGAACUGGCACAGAAAAAAUUAAUGCAUCUUUACAAUCUCAAUUAAGUAUGUUAAUUUAAAACUUUUAUUUGUGAAAAAAUAUAAAUAUUUAUUUAA